AUGAGCGGCGGCGGAGCCGGAGGGAAGGGGGCGGCGGCGCCCGUCCCAGCCGGGUCGAGGAAGCUGGUGCAGAGCCUGAAGGAGAUCGUGAACCGCCCGGAGGCGGAGAUCUACGCUGCACUGCGCGAGUGCGGCAUGGACCCCGACGAGGCGGUCAGCCGCCUCCUCUCCCAAGAUACUUUUCAAGAGGUAAAGAGCAAGCGUGAUAAGAAAAAAGAGAUUAAAGAGGUCCCUGAGCCAAGAUCUCGAUCAAAUACUUCUACUAGUCGGGGCAUUAGAGGUGGUGCAGAUCGUGGUGGACGGAGCAAUUCUGUGCACCCCAGCUCUACUGAUAAUGUGCCCCCAAGGCAACCAGUCUCAGGGCCCGGUGCAGCAUCAAUUAAUUCCAGCCAGAAGCAGACAGUUGCAAGCGGUUCUUCUGCAAACAAACAUAUGGUUGCUGAUGGACCAGCUGUAUCAUCGCAAUCAUCAUCUGGGUUUCAGCAUGGUUGGUCUGGGACACCUGGUCAGUUGUCGAUGGCCGACAUCGUGAAAAUGGGUAGGCCUCUUCUGGGUAAGGCUUCUAGCAAACCUGUGGUCACAGCUGACAGAGGAUAUGCUGGACAGUACCCAUCUUUGCCAAGCACUGUAAACCAGAACCUGAAACAAUCUGCAAGCACAGUCCCCCCAACAGAUCUUGACAAGGGGUUACCUCCUCCGCAAGAUUCUGCUCAGGUUAAGAAUCAUGGUCAUUCUGCUGCUGAGAGCAAGCACACAUAUGGGGGUGAUUGGUGUACACAAGAUGAGCCAACAUCAGCGAACCAAUUGUCACUCCCUGAGACAUCUGGGGACCCAUCCUUCUACGAGGCAUCGAUACAGUCAUCUGCGUUGGUUACUGAUGUGGUUAAUUCACAUGAAAAUUCACACUUGGAUGAAAACAGCACCAUUGCAAUGAGUCCAGCGCCUGCCUCUGAGAGACACUUGGAACAUAGUGAGGGUGUUUCUGAAUACAAUGAUGGAGUGUCCUACCAGCCUCAGAAUUACUCUCAUGAAGUUGAGGAUUCCAGUGCUGAUGUAUCGGCAGCAGCAGCAAACUUCCAGAAUUUAAGCCUACAUAAUGAAGAGUUGGUUGCAAAAAAGAUUGCUGAAGAUAAUCCUGCAGUGAUAAUUCCUGAUCAUUUGCAAGUUACAAACACAGAAUGUGUCAGUUUGAGUUUUGGCAGUUUUGGUUCUGGUGCAUUUUCUGGUUUGCUCCCACAAAAGACCACUGAUAGCAAUGUGGAGUUGCCUGUUCGAGAGGAAUCUGCACCAGUAGAUCAAAUAGAUGCAAGGAAUCAAGAUUUCUAUGAAAGCAGUGUCGUGAAUUCAUCAGCAGAUGAAAAUCUUGAGGCCAUGAUGGGAGCUAACAUGGAGAACAUUGAUGCACCUUCUGUUUCACAGGCUAAUGAGCACAGGCCGGAAGUACAUAAUCCAUCUGGUCUUCAAUAUGACAUGCCAUCAGUUUCAAGUCAUGCAUAUUCAAACACGAACACACCGCAGCCAAACACAAUGGAGGACCCACAAGGAAACAACCAAGGACAUAGUCUUUCCCAUUUGUCAAACUUGAUGCAAGCAAAUCCGUUGAGCACCAGCAGCCUAUUGGGGUCAAAUCAAAAUCAUGCAGCUCUUCAUGGCUUAGAGUUUGAUUUACCGCCUUAUCUGGAGGCAAAGUAUAACACAGGCUCAACUACAAAUCCUAGACCAGCCAUCUCCAUGCAGGAGGCCCUGAAAACAGGUGUUUUCUCCAACACUCAGUCUACACAAAGUCUUCCAAGUACUAGUAUUCCAACAGGGCCUCCUCUCCCUCAGCAAUUAGCCACUCACCCUUACUCUCAGCCUACUCUACCCCUCACCCAUUUUGCAAAUAUUGUUGGCUACCCAACAUAUUUGCCACAAAAUUAUGCUACUUACCUAUCUUCAGGCGCCUUCCAGCAAGCGUACCCGAGUAAUGGGCCGUUCCAUCAGUCUGCAGCUGCUUUGCUCGGAUCUGGUAUGAAGUACUCGACGCCAGAGUAUAAGAACAACCUGUCUGCUACAGGCUUACAACAGCAACAGCAACCACCACAACAGCAACCACCUUCUUCAGUCAUCUCUGGUUAUGGAGGCUUUGGAAACUCGAGUAAUCUUCCAGGAAAUUUUGCCCUUAAUCAGAGUACUGGCUCUGCAUCAACUCUUGGGUUUGAUGAAGCAUUGAGCAGACAGUACAAAGAUACCAGUCAAUACAUGGCUCUCCAGCAGGGUGACAACUCAGCAAUGUGGCUUCAUGGCUCUGGUUCAAGAGCCACGUCAGCACAUCCGCAAGGCCACUUCUAUGGUUUCCAGGGACAGAGUCAGCUGGGUGGCUUUCGCCAGGCGCAGCAGCCACAGCCUUCCCAAUUUGGAGGCCAUGGGUACCCAACUUUCUACCAGUCUCAGGGUGGCCUGUCGCAGGAGCACCCCCAGAACCUGGCUGAGGGCAGCCUGAACGGCUUCCCUGCAGGGCCGUCUCAGCAAUCCCACCCGAGCUGGCAGCACCAGCACACAUACUGAGCCCUGUACUCCCCCUUGUUAUAGUGGCUCUUUCCCUGUUGCAAGCCAAGUUUCGCGUGCUUGUGCCCUCACUCUUUGCGGAGUAAGCAGCUCGGACUAGCUGAGCUUGUAACUUGAGCGCUGAGAGGGUCCCGAGCAUACAAAAAGAUCUAGAGAGCGUUUUAACAUGUUGCGUGUGUUCUCAGACUGAUACGUUGUGAUUUGUUUUCGAUAGCGAGUUCAUAUGUUCGGAGGUGCAGUCCUGUAAAACUGAGACAUAAUCACCUAACAAGGAGUCGCUUCUGAUUUCCAGCA